GACGAGUGGUGUGGUUGGUUUGAAGAAGAUCCCGCUGUCCGGAAACGGGUCAGCGUUGUUGUGAUUUGUAUUAUACGAACACAAUUUGGUUGCCCAGGUCGGUGCUCACCGUGCGACCUCGCACGUCUACUCUUUGGGUGAAAGCUCUCUUGGAUUAACGAGCACCUCGCUGGCCCACUCUUUUUGGCCUCGUCCCAUGUUAUACUUACACAGGAUCGAAAUACCUGCCUUCCAACGAACGGAAAAUAGAUAAAUAAAUCAGGACAGACAACCUUCCUUCUUCAGGAAAUAGAAGGUAUCAACAGCGAUCAUGGCCUCGGUCACUCCCUCGAAUGAAGACAGCGCCCCGAUUACCGUCGACAUCGCGCCGGAUGGCGAUGUUGUGUUCAUCGUCGGUCCCACGCAGAGAAGGAUCAGAGUCCACUCUCUCUUCGUCAAAACAGCGUCGCCUGUUCUGGAUGCAAUGCUUGGCCCCAACUUCAAGGAGGGACAGCGACUAGCAGAAACCAGUUCGGCAGAAACCAGUUCGGUGAAAGCCGGUCCGGUCGAGAUCGAACUUCCCGAAGACGAUGCAGACGCCAUCGAGAUUAUCCUCAACAUCAUCCACGGUCGCAACAACAAGGUUCCCGAACAGCUUAGCCCCAACAAGCUUCUUCAGGUGGCUCUCGCGGGUGACAAGUACGAUUGCCUCGUUUCGCUCGCCUUUGCGAUUUGGGCCUGGAUUGGUUGUAAAGGGAUCAACGAUCCGGAGGAGCUGUGGGCUUUGGCGUUGUCGGCGUAUCUCUUCCAAGAAGAGGAAGCCUUCGCAGAGGCAACAUCUGCGCUGAUAUUCAACCACGAGGGAUCCUACAUCGACCUUGUCAGAAAUCAUGAGGCGGUAAUGGACCACGUGAUGCUAUUCAACACCGCAGCCAUGCUAGAGGAGGCGCGGAACAGGCUGCGAAUGAAGUUACUAAUGGACGUGCUGCGUGGCGAUGGCUGGCAAUAUGGCCCAGGUCCAAAGAAGCGCAAACAUGAAGCGGAUUGUUGCACCGGUCUCGUGCUCAGUGUCGGCGGCCUCGGAAACGCGAGCCUGUCCAGGAUCCUUGAAACCUUGAGGCAAGGCGACGAUCUACCUGCCACGGAUAAGGUUGCCACGCUCGAGCCUGUUGACCAGCGGGUUCGCCUCAUUCGAUCUAUAGCGGACAAGUUUGCGGAGGACCAGCACGGACAUGCCCACGGUCUAUGUACGUGGUGCGUUCGGACGGGAGAAGACCACGACACACACUGGUAGUCGGGGUAAGAGAAACCAUAUAUUUUCUGCCUCGACCUAGCCGAUUGCCCGGACUCCGCCGAAACAGCAGAUGGAAGGGUGAAUAUCACAAGCUAGACUGGGGCUAUGUCUCUUUUCGUACCAUGGCUGUACCAUCAGUUAUUCUGAGGGAACCUUGAAGUUACAAUCUAGCCAAUGAAGACUCCUCCCUGGGCCUCCCAACCAGUUGCGGAAGGAUGCCAUGCCCCAGCCCAUGCCUUGUGAAACAGCGAGUUGUCAGUCCCCAGCCCAAAGACAUCCAAGCGCUGGUCACCCCAAGCCACAACCACCGGGGCGCUGUUGAACUUGCCGCCCAAUGCCUCCCAGUCCUUGACAGAGGGAUGCCAUCCACCAGCCCAUGCCUUGUGGUACAUUUGGUGGUCCGUCCCGAGGCCAAAGAUGUCGAUCCGGUUGGAGGCCCAAGACACCACAGCGGGAGCGCUCGUGAAGAC